UAAACAGUUGAAUAUUUUUGUUUUAAGGUAUACAGUUCAGAUGAGUACUGUGUUAAUCGGAGGCUUAUCUAUCAUGACUAAUACACUUCCAUAUGUAAAUUUUCAUCUGGCUUUCAAUAUUGUCGAACAGUUGCUUUUGUCGAGAUACAUACAACGCCAAUGGUUGUUUAUCUAUUAAUAUGUAUUCUAUACAUACGUUAAAAAUAAAUAAGACAUGGAGAGAGGUGUGUUGAGUAUCUAAAAUUCAAUUUUAUGAAGGAAGAUAACCGCUGUAGAAAAAAAAUAUUAUAAAUAGUCGAUUUUCCAUUUCGUAGAUGUUGUAAGCGUUCAACUUUGCCGGUAUAAACACUUUCGGUUUCAGUGGAAAUUUUAUAGUUCAAAACCUAAUUGUUCAAUAUGUCGAAUUCGAAGCAAGAAAUCAAAUAUACCAAGCUCUUCAUUAACAACGAAUUCGUCGAUGCAAAAUCUGGAAAAACAUUUGCAGUCGUCAAUCCUUCUACUGACGAAGUUCUCGCUAAUAUUUCUGAAGCAGAUAAGGCUGAUGUAGACAUUGCAGUUGAAGCGGCAAGUAAAGCUUUUAAGAGAGGUUCCGAAUGGCGAAACUUAGAUGCAUCGGCUAGAGGAAAACUUUUAAACAAACUCGCUGAUCUAGUCGAAAGAGAUGUUGAGAUACUCGGUAACCUUGAAACUUUAGACAAUGGAAAAGCUCGUGGUGACGCUAUUCUCGAUGUAAAUUACUCUAUUGACACUUUCCGCUAUUAUGGCGGACUUGCUGACAAAGUUUGCGGCAAAACAAUUCCUGCGGAUUACGGAUUUUUUGCUAUGACUCGCCGUGAACCAAUUGGAGUUGUGGGCCAAAUCAUUCCAUGGAAUUAUCCCAUAUUGAUGUUGGCCUGGAAAUGGGGUCCAGCUUUAGCUGCCGGUUGUCCAUUGGUUUUAAAACCUGCCGAAGAUACACCGCUAACCGCUCUGUACAUGGCCGCUCUGUCAAAGGAAGCUGGUUUCCCCGAUGGUGUUAUCAAUGUGUUGCCUGGAUUCGGUCCCAGUGUUGGCGGUGCUAUCUCUGCUCACCCUGAUAUCAGAAAAGUAGCGUUCACCGGUUCCGUAGAAGUCGGCCAAACAAUAAUGGCAACAGCUGCAAAGUCAAAUUUGAAGAAAGUCUCGCUGGAACUCGGUGGAAAGAGUCCAUGUGUAAUCUUCGAUGAUGCAGAUUUGGACGAAGCUGUUGAGAUCGCACACACUGCAAUUUUCAUGAACCAUGGCCAAAAUUGCGUUGCUGGUAGCCGCACAUUCGUUCAAGAGAACAUUUAUGAUGAAUUCGUACGCCGUGCUACAGAAAAGGCUAAGGCUCGUAAAGUAGGCAAUCCUUUCGAUGAUGGUGUGCUACAGGGACCACAGAUCAACAACAAAAUGAUGACGAAAGUAUUGGGAUACAUUGAGUCAGGCAAACAAGAGGGAGCAAAAUUGGAAACUGGAGGAAAUCGGAUCGGAACCACGGGCUACUUCCUCGAACCGACGGUCUUCUCGAAUGUCACCGAUGAUAUGAAAAUUGCUCGGGAAGAGAUCUUCGGACCCGUGCAAUCGAUUUUGAAGUUCAAAACCUUGGAUGAGGUCAUAGAACGAGCUAACAAUACAAAAUAUGGGUUGGCUGCAGCCGUAAUUACGAAAAAUAUUGACACUGCCCUGACAUUCGCUAAGGCUGUCGAAGCUGGUUCGGUUUGGGUUAAUUGUUACGAUGCUGUGACACCACAAUGUCCCUUCGGUGGCUACAAACAAUCUGGAUCGGGAAGAGAACUUGGCGAGAAUGGAAUUGAACUGUACUUGGAAACAAAGACCAUCUCAAUUAAGCUGCCAACUAGUCACUAACUUUAACUGUACAACGAUUUGUGUGUCGAUUUAAAAAUAAAACAAAAAUUCAGUAACUUCAA